GGCUCUCCGUCCUCACUUCCGCCACCUUUCCUGCCAACACGCUCGUGGUGACCGCACGGCUCCGUCUCUCUCGACACCGCAAUCUUCAAAUUCAGCCGCAAACAUGGGCGACGUCACCGAGCGUACUUUCAUCAUGGUCAAGCCUGACGGCGUUCAGCGCGGUCUGGUCGGCAAAAUCAUCAAGCGCUUCGAACAGAAGGGCUUCAAGCUCGUCGGUCUCAAGUUCGUGUGGCCCACUGAGGAGCUCCUGAAGAAGCACUACGCUGACCUUGCCGCCCGCCCCUUCUUCCCUGGUCUCUGCAAGUACAUGUCGUCUGGCCCUGUUGUCCCCAUGGUCUGGGAAGGUCUCAACGUUGUCAAGACUGGCCGUCAGAUCCUUGGCGCCACAGACCCCAAGGACUCUGCUCCUGGCACCAUCCGAGGUGACCUCUGCAUCCAGGUUGGCCGUAACAUCCUCCACGGAUCCGACUCCGUUGAGUCUGCCAAGAAGGAGAUUGACCUGUGGUUCCAGCCUAAGGAAGUGGUCGACUGGAAGCCCGCUGCUACCUCCUGGAUCUACGAAUAAGUUACCUUAGUCUGCUCAAUAUUUUUAUUCAGUAGUGCCCUGUAACUGGUACCUGCAUUUUUAUUGUGCACUUUGUACAAAUCAUUCCGAUUUUCUCAUGAA